GCUGACGUAAUCGAUUUUUGCCAUGUUUUGAGUUGUCCUUAUUUUUGCAAAAUAUCUAAAUUUUCAAAGGCGAAAUUAAUGAAAUACAUCUAAAAUAUCUAAUAUUUUGUAUCAUGUUUAUCUAAGGUUAUGAAAAUGUAACACUAAUACUUAGAAUAAAUUUAUUUGAUAUUUUCUCCGAUUUCAAUGAUGUCAUUUUAACUAUGAUUAUAUUUUUAAGUCCCGAUCUUGCACAAGCCCAGCCUAAAAGAAUCACAACACAGCGGGGAGAGAGGAGGAGGCUGGGGUUCUAUGGAAAGAGAGGGCAAGAAGGAAUAGUUUGUUUGCCAAUAGAAGGCAGUUGUGUGACAGCUCUGCCACACGACCAGUUGCCAGCGGCAGCAUCUCAUCAUGUCCGAGACCUAUGACUUCCUCUUCAAGUUUUUGGUGAUUGGAAGUGCAGGUACAGGAAAAUCAUGCAUCUUGCACCAGUUCAUUGAAAACAAAUUUAAGCAAGACAGCAACCACACAAUUGGCGUGGAGUUCGGCUCGAAGAUAAUCAGCGUCGGUGGCAAGUCCGUGAAGCUGCAGAUCUGGGACACGGCCGGCCAGGAGCGCUUCAGGUCGGUGACUCGCAGCUACUACCGCGGCGCGGCCGGCGCCCUGCUCGUCUACGACAUCACCAGUCGUGAGAGCUUCAACGCUCUGUCGGCCUGGCUGACUGACGCCCGCUCACUGGCGUCGCCCAACAUCGUCAUACUGAUGGUGGGCAACAAGAAGGACCUGGACGCCGAGCGAGAGGUGACCUUCCUCGAGGCCAGCCGGUUCGCGCAGGAGAACGAGCUCAUGUUCCUGGAGACGAGCGCGAUGACCGGAGAACACAUCGAGGAGGCGUUCCUCAAGUGCUCCAACACCAUCCUGGCCAAGAUUGAGACCGGCGAGCUGGACCCGGAGAGGAUAGGCUCCGGUAUCCAGUACGGCGACCACGCGCUGCGCCGCCUGAACCGCGGCUCGGCGCGCACCUCGGCCGGACCCGACUGCGCCUGCAAGAUCUGAACAGGACGGCGGGACGCACCGCGCGACGGGCGGCGGCAGGUGGGGCUAUCGGGGAACCCACCCGCCCUGUGAUUCUACACAGAUGUUUAUUUUUAAUGUCGGUAGCCGUGUUUGUUGUAUGAUUUGGCCGGCCCGGUGGGCGCGCGUCUGUUUUGGAGCGCGGAGUCGCCGCUAUCGUCGGUGCGGCGGUGUCCGGUGGUGCGCCAUUGGGUAAGUGUCGUUCUCCGAGGAUGUGUGCCUUCUCUCCUCUCGGGGUGGACGGCCGAGGCGGGUCGGGGCCGCGCGCGCUGAUCUCUCGGCUGGGGCUCCUGCGGCCGACGGUCCGGCGGCUGCCGCAGCAGGCGUGGAUUGUACCGUACUGCACACGCCGAGACGGUACGGCGGCGCGGAACGGUCUAUAGACAGCUGGCUUUUAAUUGUAUCGCUUUAAAUGAUGUUGCAAUUCCGCGGGGCGUCUUUGUGGAGCGCGCCGCAAUAAUUCCUUAGUGGUGAUAUAUUUACACGCGUCUUGCGCUAGGAUAUUUGAUGUGUUCACGGUUGCCGUGAGGUCGUAUAAGUAUUUAUCGUAGUCUCUCACCCGGCCGGCCGGCGGCGGUAGUGUGAUGUCUGCCGGCGGCUUCCCGCACCUGCACCCGUCCCUGCCUGUGUUGUAGCCGCGCCCCGCUGUGUUCCGUCCUCUCAGUUCUGAGCCGCAUCCUGCUGGAAGGAGCGGCGCCUGUACGUUUGUACAGGCCUGCCCACGGCGGCAACAGUCAGUCGGGCAGCUAUUUCUGCCCAGCGUGCGUCAUCCCCGUCGCCUCCCCCUUCCCUAUCAUACACUGGCCGCUGUGCCCCCCCCCCCCCCCGCCAUGUUCUCGGUCGAAUUCAUUGGCCGACCGGACGCGCAUUGCGCGGCGUCUGCGAUUGUCGUGAAGGCAGAAGCUAGUUCUUAUUCCUGGAGACGGUAUGGUAAACUGCCUAGGUCGUGGGGUUCCGCUGUUGUCGAGGACCGGCGCCCUUCCUUGCCCCAUACCCGGUGUUCGCGGCGCCUAUCACGCUACUCAGUCUAGUCUGAUAAUAUAUAUCACUGACCGA